CCCGACGGCGGCACCCGCGCGUGGCUCUGCGUCCUCGGCUGCCACCUAGCCCUAUUCUCCACAUUCGGGACAGUGAAUGCAUAUGGCGUCUUCCAAGACUACUACGGGACGACCCUCCUCGCCUCCACCUCCCCUUCCGUCAUCUCGCUCAUCGGAGCUCUGCAACUUUUCUUCCUUUACGGUCUUGGUCCCGUCGUGGGACGGGUAUUCGACGCAUACGGAUCGGCUUUCUUGCUACCCGUCGGGUCGUUCUUCGUAGUAUUGUCCAUGAUGAUGGUGUCCAUAUGCCAAGAGAAUCAAGCCUACCAGUUCUUCCUCUCACAGGGCGUGCUCUUCGGGAUCGGCAUAUCCAUGGUGUUCAAUCCAGCACUGGCAGUAAUGGCCCACUGGUUCCGACGCCGGCGGGCGUUCGCGAUCGGCAUCUGCGCGUCAGGCAGCUCGAUAGGAGGCGUAGUGUACCCCGUCAUGCUACAGCGUCUCAUCCCUCGGAUCGGUUUCGGCUGGGCGGUCAGAACCUCGGCCUUCCUUAGUCUAGCAUGCCUCACGGUUUCAUGCCUGACGAUACGAGGGAGGUUGCCACAUAAGGGCCAUAUCGCCUGGAGCAGCGUUAUCGACCUUGGCGGGUUCAGGGACCCGAGAUAUGCGCUGACCGCUGUGGGCUCCUUCUUGACGUUCUACGCCCUCUUCAUCCCCUUCUUCUACAUUCAAGUCUACGGCACGUACGAGGGUGUAUCCCCAAGCCUGGCAAAGUAUUUGCUCCCGAUCAUGAACGCUGCCUCCUUUCCGUCCCGGGUACUGCCAGGGCUUGUGGCGGACAAGUUCGGAGUUUUGAACGUAUUGGUGCCCUGUACAGUCAUGGCUGGUGUUUUCUCUCUGAGCCUCUGGCUGCCCUCGAGGGGGCCGGUCCCCAUCACAAUCUUCAGCGCCCUGUACGGCCUCGGGUCGGGUGCAUUCGUCACGCUUCUCCCAGCCUACAUCGCGACCAUCACACCCAUGGAGGUGUACGGCGCCAGAGUCGGCUCUGUAUAUAUGAUCGCUGCAGUAGCAGCGCUAGUCGGAACGCCCACAGCAGGGGCGUUCGUCAAGACUGUCGACCAGCAUAACUUCAAUAGUCUUAUUAUAUUCACGGGCGUCAUGGUUCUCGCU